AUGGCGUCACACCAGCAAGGCCAUGACGAAGGGCCGGCCGCCCGUCUCGGCGACACCAGAGCGCAUUCCCUAGACCGGCCCCGUAGCAGCGGCGGCCGGCCCUCCCUCAGCGCGCACACUCACCCGGAGGCCGGGUCCAGGAACUCGGACGUCUCCGGCACCUCGGACUUUGUCCGCGCCACGGCCGAGCACCUGGCCGAGGUCGACGCGCGGCUCAAGCCCCCCCGGCACGGCAGCGCGGACCCGACCCCGGGCUUCGCGCACAUCGACGGCGACGUCGCGGGCUCCGGGACCGGGUACAACGAGACGAAGGUCGAUGUCGUCUGCGUGACCUGCCCCGGGGCGGACCCGGUCGAGACCUGGACGCGGGACCCCCUGCCGGACGGGUACUUUGACCGCGAGGAGGAGGAGGAGGACGGCGACGGCGGCGACGGCGACGACGGCCCUGCUGCUGCCGUGAAGAUGCCGAUGCACAACGGCGGCGCCAUCAAAGAGCUCGCUGGCGAGGCGAUACUGUCGCCGGCCAUCAACCGGCACCUGCCGAGGGCGGGCCAGCUCUGGGUGCGGCAGGGCAUACGCAAGUAUGUCAGUACCGCGCGGGUGAUGCUGUAUCGGCAUCGGGAGCUGCGUGACGGGAUGGACAUUGCGUCGCUGGCGGGUGACUUGCUGGACCAGGUGCUCAAGAGUCGGGAAGGAUUGAAUGUCUCUCGGCCUCUGUUGUUCAUUGCCCAUAGUGUGGGUGGGCUCGUGGUCAAGCAGGCGCUUCUAAAAUCGUCAAAGGACGAUGCAUACCGGAGCAUCCUGUACAACUGCCACGGAGUCACCUUCUUCGCCACCCCCCACCGCGGCUCCAGCUACCUCUCCAUGAAGAUCCUGAGCCAGAGCAUCCAGGAGAUAAUGCGCUUGCAGCACCCCCUGCCGCACUCACUCGCCCACGAGCUCAAGCUCGGCAAUCUGCAGCUCCAGAAGCUGCACGACGAGUUCUGCGACAUCGCCAGCGAGCUGCAGAUCUGGACCUUCUACGAGACCAUCGACUCGCAGCUGUCGGGGUCCGGGUCGGGCGCCUACGCCGCCGCCACCGCCGCCGCCGCCAGCGAGGUGCAGUUCAGCGCGCCGCUGUGCUCGAUAAAGUCGGGCCUCGUCGGCGUGCGCCAGGAGCAGGUCUACUCGCUCGACAGCGACCACGCGCACUGCGCCUCGUUCGGCCCGGGCAACCCGCGCACCAUGCGCUCGUACCUGCGCCGCCUGGCGGCCGCCGUGCGCAGGGCCGAGGAGCUGAGCGCCAUGUACGUGCACACGCCGCUGCGGCUGCCCGAGCACGUCAAGGUCGAGCUCAUCGGCUUCUACGACGACCCGGACGCCGACGACGCCGAGACGGCCGUGCGGCUGUACUUUGCGAAAUACCACCUGGCCGACUUCAUGCAGAAGGGGCCCGAGAGGUGUCUGGAGGAGCGGCUGGCCAAGGUCAAGCGGCGUGGGGCUCUUGCGUCCCUGUCUGCUGGCCGCACGAGAGCCGCGACGGAGGGUGCGGAAAUCAGUGGGGGGAGUAGAGGUAACAGAGGGCUGGGGAUAUGGACGAAUGUGCAGAGGAUGUUCCAACCCAGCACCGCAGAGGACUCGGCACCACCGGAGGGGUCCGAGGCGCAGCCCUCGCCCGACAUUGUGGUUACCAGGCCGUCCCCAGCUACGGCUUCGAGGUCCCUUCCGGCCGAGGCCAUGCGCCGUGUUCAGUCGCUGACUGUACCACCGCUCUCCACACCCGGAUUCGACAGGCCAGCCAGCCGGUCCAGCCAGGGUACGGCGAGUACCAUGUCUGAGCCCAUCUUGGAAGAAACAUCGCCCAAGUCUGACCGCAAAGCAGCCGAGGCUGAGAUGGAGUCGACCGGAGCAUCUGGACCUGCCACCGAACCCAAGGAACCUGAGAGGAGCCAACAACAGGUCCGGGCCGAGAGGUUGAGUAAGGGUUCCGCGCUCAGGGACCUGACGGCCGGCUUUUCCAGGCCGGAUCCGACACAGCGGAAGUUCAUGUGGAUACAUUUGCCAUUCACGAAUCCGCUCUGGGUCAAGGAUAUCUUCAACAAGAUCGGGGAGAGCCAGGGGCACGACUUCUCCAAGCUCUUUAACACCGAGCACUGGGUAUCCAAACACGUUCAAGGACGGCACUCGAGCGAUCCUCUCCCCUCACCCAAACCAUCAGCCGACGGUAUCAGCACCACCGUCAGCAAACCACGCUCCCCACGCCUGCUCUAUGUGUACCUGCCCUACCUCAACUUCGACACCUACCUCAACGUCCUGCGCCGGCGCUACAUCGUGCAGAAGCGCAUGAGCCAUGGUCGCGCGCGGCCCGUGCCCAAGGAGAUCGCCGAGCUCGAGUCCCUCGAGGCCCGCGUCAUCUGGCAGUACCAGGGGUUCGACCCGCCGCUCAACGUGCGCCGGACGCUCGACCAGUUCGGCUACCCGUCGCUGCAGGACACGUACGCCCGCGACGACGACCAGAUGCUGUACAAGCUGACCAAGGAGUCCGGGCCCGUGCCUCCCGUGCAGCGUCUGCAGCAGCAGCAGGCCAGCACUGGGUCGGGCCCGCCGCCGGACAAGCUUGGGUCGGUGAAGCGGCUGAGCUCGAUCCCGCUGACGCCCGGGUCGAGUGAGCUGGGUGGGGAGAAGGCGGGCAAGAAGGCUCGGUUUGACGACUAUGUUGAGAGCGAUAUUGACGCCGAGGCGGACGGCUACAAAGAGGGGAAUGUAUUGAUGGUUGAUCAGUUGUGGCUUUGGGCUAUCGACACAAAAACUCUGGCCACCUUCUUCCCCAGGCGAGAGUCGCGCCCCAAGGAAGGGCCCCUUUUCCAGCAGGCGGACCUGCGCAACAGCGUCUACAACGAGCUCAACGGCGACCUCACGGGCCACACCGACAACGCCCUGGACCUGGCCGCCUUUAUCGUCCUGCACGCCGUCACGGUGCUGCUCGACCGGACCUCCCACCCGGACCUCGAGAUCUUCCGCAUCUUUGAGGAGGCCAUCGGCAUGCUGCCCAGCAAAAGCUCCCCCUAUCGAAAGCUAACGAUUAUUCCUCCUGCCAAAAAGACCGAGAGAAUGACCUCGUCCCUCAAGUCCUUCCGCAUGCAGACCUGGAAGCAGAUCAACAUCGACGACUCGGACGACCCGGACGACCCGGAGGGCUCCGCGUCGGCGGCCUCGAUCAAGCGCCGCCACAAGCGCGAGCUCGAGCAGGCCGAGCGCGCGAACCGCGAGCACACGUCGGCCCUGCUCGAGCUGCGCGACCUCGAGGACGAGCUGACGACGCUGCACAAGCUCUUCGAGACGCAGACGGCCGUCGUCGAGGCCAUGCGCGGCUACAACAGCGGCGGCGCCCCGCCCGGAGAAGAAGGCGGCGGCGGCGGCGAGGGGCUCACGGCGCACGGCCGGGCGUACCUCGCCGAGGCGCUGGCGAGCCUCGACGAGUACAGGGCGCAGACGGUCGAGAUGCUGCGGCGGGUCGACACGACGCGCAAGGACUACGAGAAGCUCCUCGAGAUGGCCCAGCGCCAGGCCCAGGUCGACGACGUCCGCUGGUCCCGCAUCCAGACGGAGCUGGCCUCGGCCCAGAACCGCUCCGUCAUGGUCUUCACCACCUUCACCAUCAUCUUCCUCCCUUUGUCCUUCUUCACCUCCGUCUUCGGCAUGAACACGCUCGAGUGGGGCGGCGACGGCAACCUGCCCCUGUCGACCAUCGGCUCCAUCUCGCUGCCCCUCUCGGCCGUGCUCAUCGUCGGCAGCCUCGUCGCGGCCUUCAGCUUCCGCGUGCAGAGCGUCUUCACGCGCGUGUACCGGUACGGCAAGAGGGCCGUCGAGGGCGGCAAGGGGUACGCGCGGAGGCUCGAGCCGCAGGGGGCCAGGGACGCCAAGGCCAGGCGCAGGGUCGACCGCGAGCGGGCCGAGUACCUGGCUGCGCGGAGCAAGGACCGGAACUACGACUUUUGGGCCACGGUGCGGAGGCAGCGGACGUCCGAGUAUCGGAUCCCCGAUGUCAAUCGCAAGUUGGAGACGGGUAGAAGCACGUUGACACCGUCGACGUGGAGGUCCAAGUGGACGUAG